AUGAUCAUUGCUGUUUUAACAGCUGCCAACUCGUCUUGUACUCCGAGAAGCUUCCCACCAUCAGCACUAGUGUCUAUCCAUUCAACAAGCACAAGCGGGCAAUCCUUCCCAAUUUCUGGCCUAGAAUCCUUCACUCUUCCUACACAGAUCCACAUCCUGGAUUCAUCAGAUAGAUUAUUGAUGGGCUACAAACGUCUCUGGACGAAGCGCUCGAGUUAUGUAAAUCCACCCGUCUCAGGGACUGUGCGCAGCGAUGACAACGGAAACUUGUACAUUGCCAUUUUAUCUUCACGGCCAGGGCUAGCGUUGCAUCCGGUUGCAAGUUCAUUAGCAGUAGAAUCACUCAAGGUUCCACACGACUGGUGUCGUAUUCCCCAUCGAGUUUUUCCUUCACUGCCUCAAGGAGAACCAACAACCACGCCUCCUGCCUUUGCUCCGUUAUCGUCAUCAGCAGCAAGUGGAUUAGAUCGUUUCUUGGCUCCCUAUAAAGCAACCCGAUGGAGGAACUUCAAAAACGCUCUUGCAACACUUAAAGCAGAUCUUUCACCACCCGUCAUUUCCUGCCAGUGGAUCUCGUCGGGCAAUGCAGUUACAUCGCUUGUUUUUGGCGCCAAAAUCAAGACUGAGACACUCGUCUUACCAUACAGAACGCGUUACAGACUUCCGGAGGCUAAAGAAGACUUGGAAGGACAGCAUGAUGGCGGCAACUAUUUUGGCAACUUGUACAACCUUUGCAGAUCCACUGUUGCGGAUCUGUUAUCUUCAGCGGUAGAAGAGGGUGCUGCCCGGGAUGCUUUCGCUAUCAGAGCCGAUUUGAACGCCCAGUUGACACCGGAAGCAAUCACCAACCAGAUCGCCUUCUUUAAAGAUAACAGGGCUACUAGAUCUCCAGACAUUGAGAUUGCCUCAACUGCUGAUUUUCUGGUCUCCAACUUGUGUCGAUUGGAUCUGCAGGGAUCCGAACUUAAUUUUGGGUGGGAAAACUCGUUUAAUUACCGAUAUUUGUCACGGUGGCGCUAG